UAUCAAGUAAAGCAUUUGUUCACUUUAGAAAAAUAUACUUUAAAUAAUUUCAAGUUUUGUGAAAUAAAAAAAAAAUAAAAUCCUUAAAGGAACUAAAAGGCUCAAUUUAAAUAAAGUGCAAAAAAAAGAUAUUAAAUUAAAUCCACAAUCAUGAAUCAGUUCACAGUGACCAGUAUAUUGCUAAUUCUCUUACAAGUGUCAAGAUAUGCACUCGGUAGUGGAAAAAUUGUCCCCGUGGGUGUCGAUAGUCAAUCAAAUGGAAAUAAAGACUUAAAAACUGAGGAAGCACGAUUCCGUGAUCCAGUCAUGCCUGAAUAUUACGACAGAGAUCGUACUGGAUUUGUAACAUCAAAUCAAUAUGGUAACAAUAACAGCCCAUACGACCGUUAUGGAUAUAAUAAUAACAACUUCGAUAGAGCUACAUCGCAAUAUUAUGCAAACAGAUUCCCAGGUGGAUAUGAUAGUCGUGAGAGAUAUGGAAAUACACCAACAUUGACUGGAAACUCAUUCAUUGACAACAAAUUGAACUAUCUUAGUGGAUAUGGAGCUAAGUUCCCAUAUGGUGCUGGAAGUGCUGUUUUUGGACCAUAUGGAAGUCCAUCAAUUGGUGGACAGACUGGUAUUCAAGUUGGUCCACAAGCGGGUAUAGGAGGCAUGGGAGGUUUAGGAGGUUUAGGAGGUCAUGGCGCACCUGGAUCAGGACUAUUGCCACCAGGACUUUUGUCACCAGAACUUGAAGCCAAAGCUUCACUUUUACUUCCUCUUGCUGGUGCAGCUUUGCUUGGUAUUGCAGCUUACGCUAUCGUAACAGGUCCAGGUCUCGCAUUAGCCGGUCCAGUAAUUGGCAAAAGACGAAGACGUUCAGCAUCAUUCGAUCAAGCACUCGAAAAGCAUUUAGCAUAUCGUGCACAUAAGCAAGCCUCACAAAAACAUUAAAUUUAAAUUUCUCAUUCCGAACAAAAAAUGGAGCCACAAAAUGUAUCACGGGUAAUGAAUAUAAUUAUGACAAUGAUGAUGAUAAUGAGUUACAAAAAAAAAUGUAUUAACGGACGUAAAACAACGACGAUGAUUUAGAACAAAAAAAC